AUGCAGCCGACAGACGUAGCAUCGUCGGAUGCUGCCGGGGAGGCAGCUGCGAGCACCGAGGAGAACCCUGCUGCAGACGGAGAAGACGCCACCACGUCCGACGACACUCGCACCGCAGAGGAAGCCCCAGUGCCAGAAGAAGCCACUGCGACUGCAUCUGACAGGGAGGAAGCUGUCACGUCGGAGCGUCAGGCGGAGUCGAGUGCCGGGAAGGAAGCCACCCCGGAUGCUGCUGCUGACAACCCGGAGUCCAUGCAGCAGGAAGCCUCCACUCCCAGGGAGAGUGACGGCGCGACCGCCGAAUCGAAUUCCACGCCGGCGCCCCCUGCCGAGGGCGACGCGGCAGCGGCGGUUGAUCAGGUUGCCGCGACGACGCCGGCCGAGCGCGAUGCGCUGGAGCCGGCGUGCGGGGACAGCCAGGGGGCGCCACAUGACGAGCAGUCGUGCGACGACGGCACGGACGAGGACGUGCUUGACGUGCGGGCCGGCGCCGAGAAACAAGAGAGCAGCGCGGCCGCUGCUGCCGCCCCCAGCCCUGCCGACGCUGGCAAGGGCAAGAAGAAGAAAAAGCGCGGGAAAAAGAAGAAGGGCAAGGGGAAGGCUCCGGAAAUUGAAGUGAGCCAUUUCUAG